AGGCGUCUCUGUACCUGUCAGUGUGCAGAGAGAGGGGUCUCACUCUCAUUUCUGCAGCCGGGAUGACAACAACGAUCAUCCACUUCCUGGUGAACGGGCGGCCGGAGCUCGCAGAGUUCAGCCCCGACUGCUCUGCCGCAGAGGUCAAAGCGUUGUUCCGGGCGGCGGCGGAGGCGUCUCCUCAUCACGUCCUGAAGAUGUUCAGCGCUGAUGGCCGUCUGAUGAACAUAUCGCCCAAUCUGCAGCCCAACAUCCCGGAGUCCAGCUACCGGCUGGAGCUGGUGGCUGCCGAGCUCAACCGUGAGGGGAUGCCACAGGAGCUGGACACCAUGGAGAACAGGCUGCAGCACCUGGAGAGCAGAGUGAUGGAGGAGGUGGGGGGGGAUCUCCUCUGUGAUCUGAAGGUGCAGGUGGAGUCCUUCAAGAGGAAGCUGGAGAGUGUGGAGCACCUGAGCUGGAUGGGUCUCUUUAAGGAGGACGGAGACCACAAGCUCCCAAAGGUCUCCCAGAAACCCAAAAGCCCUGAGCUGAGCGUGCAGGAGGAGCGGCUGCAGGUGCGCAGGAAGUACCUGAACAUGAGCUCACUGCAGGUGACAGAAGAAGUGCGAGAGCAUCUGAAAACUCCCAUCUUUGACAACUGGCAGUGGGAGGAGGCUGAGAUGCUGGUGCUCCUGCAGGUGAUGUUCACAGACCUGGACUUCCUGUCAGCGUUCCACAUCGAGCUGGACGUCCUGCAGAACUUCCUGUUUGAGGUCUUCUGCCACUACAACAACAUCCCCUUCCACAACUUCAGGCACUGCUUCUGUGUCACUCAGAUGAUGUACGGGCUGAUCUGGCUGACGGACCUGCGCAGUAAACUCACGAGGGUCGACCUGCUCAUCAUGCUGACCUCGGCGCUUUGCCACGACCUCGACCACCCCGGAUACAACAACGUCUACCAGAUUAACGCUCAGACAGACUUGGCUCUGCGCUACAAUGACAUUUCCCCGCUGGAAAACCACCACUGCGCCGUCGCCUUCGGCAUCAUGGCCAAGCCAGAGUGCAACAUCCUGCAGAACCUGAGCAACGAGCGCUACAGACACAUCCGAGGAGGCAUGAUCAGAUGCAUUCUGGCCACCGACAUGGCGAGACACAACGAGAUCCUCCACAGCUUCAGGAGCCUGCAGCCCGUGUUCGACUUCACCAACAAGGAGCACAAGGAAGUGCUGAUGAAGACCAUGGUGAAGGUGAGCGACAUCUCCAACGAGGCCAGGCCGAUGGCGGUGGCCGAGCCCUGGCUGGACUGCCUGCUGCAGGAGUUCUUCAACCAGAGCGACACAGAGAAACUCGAGGGUCUACCGGUGACUCCGUUCAUGGACCGAGACAAAGUGUCCAGGCCGUCGUCUCAGACCAACUUCAUCCGCUUCGUGCUGCUGCCGCUCUUCUCCGAGCUCACCAAGCUGUUCCCCUGCCUGCAGCAACACAUCGUGGAGCCGGUGCUGCAGGCGCUGAAGUAUUACUCCGACCUGGAGAGGGCCGGGGACCAGGAGGCCAGCACAGCGUGAGGAAGAGGAGGAGCUGACCUUCACUGUGUUAGAGCAAUAUUAACCUAUUUAAAGGGAAGUUUUUUAAAUGAAUGAAAUGCAUCCCUGUAAAGCUUGUACACAUUAAAAGAAGACGCAGCACAGAC